AUGCGAAUAGCUGUUCGUCCGCGCCGAGCCAGGAAUCGAGUUAAGGUGAAAAAUCCUCAAAAAUUGACCCAAGAUGAAUUAGCGGCUAUAGCCCAAGUUAUAUGUGAUACGGAUACCGAGGAAGAAGUUGGAGGAGAAGGAGAUUCUGAUGGAAGUGAACAAGUAGAGGAAGAAGCACACAAUUCGGAUUCAGAACAAGAAAUAAGCGAACUAGAAGAAGUGGAUGAAGUGGAUGUUGAUCAAAGUAGUUCUGAUUCUGAAGAUAUCCUGCUCUCGGUGUUAGCGGCCAAUAAACAAGAUAAGUAUAUUGGCAAAGACAAAAAGACUAUUUGGUAUAAAAAUUAUCCCAUGAGUAAAUCCAGCAAGUCCAAAAUAAAAAACAUUAUAAAAAUACUACCAGGGCCAAAGCAAUGCGCACGUGACAUAACCGAUGAGACAAGUGCGUUUUCGAAAAUUUUUGAUGAUGAAAUGAUUGAACAUAUUAUUCACUGUACUAAUUUAGAAAUUUCAAGAGUUAGGGAAAACUAUGAUCGAGAACGAGACGCAAAGGACGUUACAAAAACGGAAAUGCUGGCUUUUAUAGGCUUACUGUUUUUAUCUGGAUCUAAAAAGCAAAACCACACCCAUUUUUUGGAAUUAUGGACAAAAGACGGUACCGGAUCAGAAAUAUUUCGAGCUUGCAUGAGUUAUCAAAGGUUUCUUUUUCUGCUGGCAAAUAUUCGAUUUGAUGACAAAACAACAAGGCAUGAACGCAAGAAAAUAGAUAAAUUGGCCGCAGUGCGGUACGUUUUAGAUAAAUUUGUAAGUAAUUGCAAAAAAAACUACUCUAUGGGCGAAUUUAUGACAAUAGACGAAAUGUUGAUUGCGUUCCGAGGACGAUGCAGCUUUGUCCAGUACAUACCAAACAAACCUGCGAAAUAUGGUUUGAAGGCAUUUGUGCUCUGUGAUGCUAGAACAUUUUAUGUGAGUAAUUUGGAGCUGUACUGUGGAAAACAACCAGAUGGCCAAUAUAGCCAAUCUAAUACACCAACUGCCAUCGUUCACCGUUUGCUAGCAGAACAAAAAGGAAGCAAUAGAAAUCUAACCUCCGAUAAUUGGUAUUCAAGUUACCCUUUGGCAGUGGAACUUCUUCAAGACAAAAUAACUUUCAUCGGAACCCUGAAGAAGAAUAAGCGAGAGCUGCCGAUAGAGUUCUUGCCAAAUAAAAAUAGAUAUAGACAAACUCAAAUGGAUGAAGAAGAGGAGCCACCCAGAAAAAUUAGAGGAAGAUGCUCCAUCUGCGCCCGAAAAAAAAAUAGAGUUACCACAAUUACAUGCAGCAUUUGUCACCAGUUAGUGUGUAAAGAGCAUAGUGUCAACGUUAUCACCUGCCACAAAUGUAAGGAAGGCGGAUCCCAUAGUGAAUAG